AUGCCGUCAAGGAGUAGAGCAAGCUCCUUGGUUCAAAGUAUUGCAACAAGAGUACCAGUUAAUACUGAUUCCGUGCCGUAUCUGUAUGAUGAUCAAGAGCUGCUACAGAAGUUGCGAACCAUAAGCCUGGGGUAUGAUGAGACCUCGGCCCCCCUUAAGGUACAGCCUCCCGUUAGCGAUACAAAGUAUGAAAGAUACGAUAAAUACCUGAGUGAUUUGAGUGGCAGAGCCGCACAAUAUCAGAAUGUUAUCGACCAAACGCGAGCGAUCAAUAGCCAAUUGAAUCUUACAAUCGAAACAUUCUGUGGUAUAUCUUCGCAGACGCAAGUGUUUGCGGGUUGUACCCGUCAACUGUACGAUAAAUUUAAUGAACUCGACAAGCUACACGAGUCCUUGGACGAGUAUUUGAGCUUUUUUGAAGCGUUAGAACCAAUCGCUCGAGGGCUGUAUCAAAACUCCUCGCCUAGUGUUGUGAAGAAAGAUUCAUUCAAAUCGAAGCUCAUAAAAAUUGACACAUCUCUACAGUUUUUAGAUGAACACAGUGACUUUAAGGAUGCGGAAGCCUACCGUAUUAAGUUCAAGAAAUGCAUGAUACGGUGUUGCAGCUUGAUGGCCAGUUACAUGAAUAAUUCUUUAAAAGCACUCCAUGAAGAGAUAGCAAAGUCAGUCGAAACGGCCACACAGUCCGCAACUAGAGACGCCCUGUUAUACAAUAAGUUUUCCUCUCGUGCUCCAGCUUUUUUGACAGUUUCAGAGAGCCUCUCAAAUCGCUGUUCAAGCAAAAGCUAUUACAGGUAUCGCGAUGAACUACACUCAAUCUUACAAGGUUGCUACAAUGACUACUUCCAAAUUAGAGCAAAGCUUUUGCAUAAUUUAAUAAUAAACCAGCUCGAUCAAUCGAUGGUGCAAGACAAGAAGUUUUCGUUGGUAAAGUACAUUCAAGACAACUUAUUAUUCUUUUCUCAAUUAUGCCAAAACGAGUAUGGCCUAAUAGUACAGUUUUUCCCGGAAGGGGAAGGAAAAAGAGAGUUCAAUAAGUGGCUCUUUCGCUUGUGCGAACCCUUGCAUGAUCGAGUCAGAGAAAAGGUAUUAAGAGAGCCUGAAGUUGCAGCUCUGUGCGACUCUGUGACUUUACUAAAUAAAUACUACCAAUUUGAAGAAGAUUCCAAGGAAUACGAAGCUCAAUACAACAGCGUCCAAUUAGACAAAAUCUUUGAGCCUCUGCUGCAGGAUGUUCAGUACAGAUUGAUAUUCCGGGCUCAAAUCUAUGUUGAAACUAACAUCGUCAACUUCAAGCCUACCAAAGAAGCAUUUAUAAUCAAUCACAGGAAGCAGACAUCAAAUUCGAUUGAUAAAAGCAAUGACAUCGUAACUUCAUUCCUUGAAAGCAUUUCAGAAUUGGAAGAUGAAACUGAAGAGAUUCGUAGCUGCUAUCCCCCAGUGCUUAGAGCUGUGGCUCUCCUGUCAAGAAUCUACCAAAUGAUUAAUUCCUCGAUUUUUGAUAAUUUGGCUCAUCACAUCGUUCACGAUUGUAUUCAAUCUUUGCGAUCUGCAUUUCAGCUAGUUAAACAGUCUGAAGAUAGUUUGGAACCAAGAUUGGCCUACUUGAAGAAUUUGCUAAUGCUCCGUAAACAAGUGCAGAACUUUGAGAUUCAAUAUGUAUGCAAUGAAAAGUACGUUGAUUUCUCCGGGCUAGCAGACUUUCUAAGAUCAUUAGCUCAUGGGGGUCUAAAGAGGGGAACAAGCAACUCUGUCCUUGAUUUGGCUCUGGAAGGAGCCCCUAGAGUAGUCAACGAUAUGGUUGACGCACGGUCUGAGCUGACACUUGAACUACGCAAAACCAUCAAAAAUUUAACCGAGACAGCCGCAAGAGAAGUACUUGGGGACUGUUUGAAUACACAUGAGAAUUUGGUAGCCAACAACGUGCAGCUGAGAAAAAACGUGGAAAUUCUACUUCCUCGGGUACAUGAGUGCAUGUGCAACUUCAUUAAAGAUGGCGAGAUCAGGACACAUCUAAUCGAUGCGAUUCAAGACAUAGUAAUACGUUCCUACGCCAGUUUUUACGAGGAAAUUGUAGAAAUGGCAGCCAGCAACAAAAUCAGCAAAGACGAGGUAAGCGAAUUGAUAUACGUCGAUGUUUUGGCCGAUUUCAUCAACAACACCGCAAGCUCACUUGAUCAGCUUUGA